ACACAGUACAAGUACAUGUUCCUUGUUUGUAUUGUACAAUACAUUCAUUCCAAGUUCCACUCCCACCAUACCAUUCAGCGCAGCUACCGGCUUGCUGUAACUACCAAUCAGCGGGUUGUCUUCAUAUCCGCAAUGAUGUGCUUCAUUGUGAUGUGCAUUGAGUCCUUCCGCUUUAGGGUGUGGCCUGACAUGCAAGUCAAUCCCAAGGAUCCAAAUGAAGAAGAUUGGACACCUCUGCAUGUACGCCUGCUGAGCGUACCAGAGCUGUGUGAUCAUGUUGCCCACGCAUGGCAAGUCGCAGAUGAGUGGUACAAUGCAUACUGGGAACUCAGACGACAUGAACCUGCCAAAUUCUGUACAUUCACCUGUCUGGUGUGUUUGACCAUGGCUACCAUUGGCUACUACAUACCUGGAGUCCUCAUCUCGUACAUAAUAUUGAUAUGUCUGCUAUUAUGGCCUGCCUAUCUAUACCAUGAUGUGUCGGGUAAACUCUACACCAAACUACAGCCUUUCUUGAACCAGUUUGAACAGAGCAUGGAGAGUUUAGAACGUAAAGAGAAACGUCAAAGACGUCUGAAGAGAACCACUCGCAAUGCAGAAGGCGGUGAAGAAACAAGCUCGGAUAGUGAACUGAAUGAAUUCUGUCCUACACCUGGUCCUGCUGUGGAUGCAGCGUUAUCCCAUGCAGCUCGUGUGUUUGGAAGCACCCCUUCGUCAAGCCGUUUGGGAACCCCUACUUACGGGUUGAUUGGAGAUCUUAUACCAAGAGGGGCAUCAAUAGAAUUCACUGAUGAUGAGCUGAACACGGACAACGAAUCACGUAACAUAUUACAUGGUUUGACAGAGAUGCCUUCAUAUCAGGACCGUGCUUUGGAUCCCAGCGGAGAUGAACUAGACUCACGGUCAACUGGUAAUCUUCUAGAUGGUAAGACCGAUGAUCCUACAAGAUUGCGACCUCCAUCAGAUCUCUUUGGUAUGUCCACCGAUGAUGACUUUGGUGACCAUGAAUUAGACACUCCAGAGUCACCUCUGGAUGACCUUCUGCAGCCUCGUCUACACGAAAGGAAACCCCGCAGCUCUAAUCUAGCAGCUGAAAGUAGCACCCAGUCCUUGCCUCCUGCCGCUGCUCAACUCCUCUCACAAACUGUAGCAGCUGUUAUGUCAGAAGCCAUUACCUCAUUUGCCGGGCUUGGCAAUCCCACCGCUGCCACUGUCGAGAAACAAUCCGUGAAGCAUCCAACGUUGCCUGUGAAAUCUGUUCAGUUGUCAGGUCCUACAGACUCUGAUGCAAUACCAAGUGGUCUUACCCCGUCUCCACAGUCAGAUGAAGAGCUUGCCGAGUUUGAAAUGCUUGAUAGUUCAGAGUUAGAUGAAGAGAGAUCGCCUUCUACCGAGAACAGUCCCGGAGCCAUCAAUGCUGGUAUUACUUAUCUGUCUUCCUUAUUCUCCAGGAGAAAAUAGAAAUCAGUUAGACCUUGGAAGCAGUCUAGAAGAUUGAUAGAUCAUGUAGGAUACCAUGCAAUGCUUCUAGUUUGGCACACAUUUUCGAUCUAUCUUAUUAAACUCAAGGUAUAUCAAUUAUUUUGAAUUAAACCUACCCUGUAUGCAAAAGUUGACCGAUAACUUUUGAUAAUGUAAAAUUGGACGGGUCAAAUUUGAAACCGUGCCAGGGUUUAUUCAGCCACGCAUGCUGCAUUCACUGUUACCCAUUAGGCGGAAUGAGAUUCACUAAUGCCAAGUGCUUUGUCUGUUCCAAUAAAGCAAGUUCACCUGCACUUUUAUUCAUUCAUCAGGGGAUUCUCCCCAGUGACUUAUAGCUGUGCAGUGCUACAUUACCUGAGGGGUAUAACGGAAUGAGUUUUCAAAACAAUAUCACGAUGAAUGCUUCGUAAUCUUACGAAGUGUUGCAAUCAAUCUUGAAUUGCCAUUGAUCUCAAUUGUGUAAUUCAUAGAUGUGUUGUAGAUCAAUCACAAUUUAAGUUUUAUUUAAGCCUUUUUCAAAUCUUUUUAAGAAAGGACCUAGGUAGCAUGAUUAUCAAAGGUGGUUGUAUGCCUCUAUAUCCCUGGCUAUUUAUUCAGCUAUUUCAAAUGUUUACGUAACAACAUAUGUUUAUUUACUAGCAAUAUAAUCUCUAGAAAGUUAUCAGAUUCUCCUGAACUGAACAAAUCACAAUAUAAAGUACAUAUUGAAAUGAAAUUUAAAAAAAACUAACCAGCGGCCUGUUGCAGAAAGAGUUGCAUUAAAACGCAUGUCAAAAUAUCAAGUUUUGAAUACACGCUUUUGAUUGGUUGAAAUCAAGUUGCGUUUCUUGCAACUCUUUCUGCGGCAGACCACAGAUUAUAUCAUUACAUUGUUUGGUGCAAUUAAGGUGACUUGAUAUUAUUCCAAAUAAUUGAUGCAAAUUUACAACAAAUCAGAUAUUUAAAUAAAUUUUGUCUCUUUAGGUGAGCUUUUAACAGAUAUUUAAAAUCCAAUUUAAAGUGAUCAUGAAUGUGAAGAAAACUAUAUUGAUUGAUAUUUUUAUAUCGAGGGAAAUCAUGUCUCAUUAAUUAGAAGAUAUUAGUGAAUCUAACCCCUCCCGACCCUCAAUUAAUUAUUUAAGCAUUAUAUAUAAUCGUGAUCGAUAAUGCCAUCAAUCUCUAUUGGUGGUAGAUCUACAGUAUACACUCCUUCAUUACCAGUGGCAGAGUGAGAAAUACAAGGGUGGCGGGCGAAUUUGCCAUAUGACAGCCCAAGUUGCCCCUAAAAUUCUCAGAAUGGCAUGCUUUGGGGUGACCAUCUUUUCUAAAGUCAUCCUAAGAUCUGCCACAAGCUGUACUUUAAUAAUAUUUAGAAAAAGAAUGUUUUGAAAUAUGGCAGAAUUAUAUUUGCAUUUACUGUAUAAUUGCUCGUUGCCCCUCAAAAGUAGCCAUUGGGGAUUUUUCAUAAUUGCAAAAAGAGACUGAUUCUGCAAUUGGUAAAUCCAUAUAAAAUACAAGUCAAAUCACAAUAGACAGCUGAGAGGUUUUUGUCAAAAGUUGUUGGACCGGCAUCUGAGUAGUGAUUGCGAAAACACCCGGUGAAAAUUACAAAAAAAAACAAAAUACAGCAGUUCCCCCAGUGUGGAAAAAAAAAACCCUGAAAAAAUGAAAAUUAUUUCCCAACGUGACCAGUGGUGAGCUAGAUCACUACUAGCGACUGUACAUGUGCUAUGGAUAAGAAAUAUUGGAAACGUCUGAAUGAC